UUCUCCUAAAGCACCUCACAAACACCUUCGAGUCCUCUUUCUGACAGAAGCAGUUUCUGCCACCCACCAGCUGCUGCCUGGCCCCGCUCGGCUGAGAUAAGGGAUGGGUGCAGCGCCCGGGCUGUCCUGUUUGUUCUUCCUUGGAAAUCUUGUGCAAGAGCACUGCUCCAGGGGGAGAGGGGAACUGCCAGGGCCAGAGAAGGGCCGGGAUUGCUUUAGAAUCACAGAAUCGUUCAGGGUGGAAAAGAAAACUGGGAAAACUCCUCAUCGAGUCCAGCCACUCCCCCAGCGCUGCCGAGGCCACCACUGACCCACAAGUGCCACAUCCACGCGGCUGUCGAAUCCCUCCCGGGAUGGGCACUCCAGCCGUGCCCUGCCCACCCUGCAGGUGUUAUCUGGGGGUUUAACCCCCUGCAGGCUGCGGGGGCAGAGCAGCGCCCUGGGGAGCUGCAGGCGGGACUGGUCUGCACACGCUCGGCCGGGCAGGGCUGCAGCCCGUCGGAUGUGACUCAUCCUGGAGGCUCAUCCCGCUCCUCCCCUGCUCCGCCGGUGCCUCUCCUGUGUCCCCGCCGCCUGUGGGACCCUCGCUGCCAUCGUGACCAUCGUGGCUGAAGCUACUCAGGGAGCCAGAACUGCCCCCGUGCCCUGCCCCCGGCUCCACAUGGACCUCCCGGCGGAGGACGGGGCUGAGGCACCCCAGGAGGGGAGCCCCGAGGCUGAGGUGCCCGAGGGGCCGCAGCGGCCGGCGGGGCAGUGGUCGCGGGCCGAGGUGGGCUCGUGGCUGGCGGCGCACGGCGGGGCCACGGGGCUGGCGGAGCUGGCUCGGGAGCACGCCCUGACGGGCCGAGCGCUGCUGCGCCUGACCGAGGGCUCCCUGCGGCGCAUGGGGGUCACCCCGCGGAGCCGGCGCCGGGAGCUGCUGCGGGAGCUGCUGCGGCUGCGGCUGCUGCAGGAGAUGCAGGAGCUGCGGAGCAUCGCUGGAGAGUGAAGAUGAUGUCCCUGUGGAUGUCCCAGAGCCUGUGGGAGCAGAGAUGGCAUGUGAGGACAAAGCAGCUGGGACUGAGCAACACAUGCAGGAGCAGUGCUGGAGGAGCCCCAAGGUCACUGUGACCCCUCCAAAACAUCCAGAGCCUGCCCAGGGCAGGAGUUGAUAAGGACAGCAGAACCUUAGGAGCAAAAUGUGAUCCACGAGGCUGGGCAGUUACCCCAAGGAGGCAGAAAGCAGUCCCAGAACUGAUCUGGUGUGAAACAGGGGGUCACAAACACAGAGACACUCAUUGGAGUGCUGAAAAACUUUUGAAGUGUUUGCAAAAAUCCAUAAUUGGGUCUAAGAUGGCUCAGACUGUGCAAUCAAGAAUCCAAAAAAGUGUAGUUUGCUAAAGAAACAGCACUAACAAGGCUAACGAAAUAAUGCUGGGAGCCAUAAAACCUGGAAAUGUUCAGGGUGAACAUUGGGACAUUGAUUUUACUGAAUUGCCCAGACAAGGGGGGUAGAAAUCCAGAACUAUAAAGUUGUGGUGGAUACCUUUUCUGGGUGGCCAGAAACCUUCCCUUGUCACACCAACCAGGUUAGGGAGGUGACUCAAGUACUGGCAAAUCAAAUAAAUACAAAAAACCAAAAAUACAAUAAAUGAAAAUUGGGGGUACCUUUGGGAAUGUCAUCAGACACAGAAUCCCAUGUGAUUGCAGAAGGAACUAGGAACAGAAUAAUUUGGGAAUAACUGGAAUAAUUGGGAAUGGAACAACUUAGGAAAGCCUUGGGAAUAGCUUGGGAUCUUCACACUCUUUACAGACCCCAGGCUGAUGGCAAAGUGGAGGCAGUGAAUUAUGCAAUCAAAUUGCAGCUGGGUAAAAUACAUCAUGAAAGCUCCUUGACCUGGGUCCAAGCCUUACCUGGUGCUCUGCUUCAAAGCAGAAUUCAGCCAUGGGGCACCAGCACAAUCAGCCCCUGUGAGCUGCUCUGUGGUCGACCCUACCAAGUGUCACACUCCAGGAAACACACGUGUUAAAAGGAGGGGUUGAUUUGAAUAAUUACCUCAUUUCUCUCAGUAAAACCUUUCAGGCUUUGCAGUGGUUGGACACACCAGGGCAUGAGUCCCAGCCAGGAGAUUGGGUCUGUUUGAACGACUGGGGAACUGCUCCACUCCAACCACAGUGGAAGGGACCUUUCCAAGCACUGCUGACAACUUUUACUGUGUUGAAACUGCACAAAGUACAAUUUUGGAUACCUUGUUCCAGAAUUAAAAGGGCCUAAGCCCCUUGGGAAGAAGUCAAGAGCUUGUCACAAGCUGUUUCACAAAACCAAAUGGCACUAGACCUUGUUUUAGCAUCACAAGGAGGAAUAUGGACUGUAAUUAACUCCAGUUGCUGUGGAUUCACUGACCAAAAGACACUGUAGAGUGCCUACAGAUAUCCAGGAAAUCCGGAAACAACCCCAAAUUUCAAAACCAACAGCUCAAGAUGCCACCUCCUGGGGAUUUGAAGAAAUCUGGACCAAACGUCCUUCAUGGGUACCCAGCUGGACUUGGUGAAACAUCUGUUUAUAAUCACCACCUUAAUAAUUGCUGUAUGGCUUUAGCCAGCAUCAAGAUUCAGUGUUGCAGCUGUUUUAAUGCCUUACACUCUGAAAGGAAAUAAAAAUCUUAAGAGACUGGUUCCUUAAGGAACUUAGAAUCAGGAAGAGGAGGGAUUUGAUAAGGACAGGAGAACAGCAGAGCCUUGGAGAAACACAUAAAGGAUGUAACUCAGGCAAGCAGAAGUCAUGAAAAAUGGAAGCAGGAUGUCAGCUCACCUCUGCAGGGCUGACAGAGCAGAAGUUAUGCAAAACAAGGAUAUUUCCCUUACUCAAAAAUGGGGGUCAAGGAACAUGCCCCUAAAAAGGACAUGGGAUAUUAAAGACAGACCCCAAGGAACCACGUUAGGACUCCUGGUAAGGGGUGUGACUGUGUAAAAUAAAGUCAAGUAAGUGGGGAUAAGCUAAUGAAUAUGCAGCCAGUGUGUAUCAUUGCAGCUCUGUUCAUCCAAUGGGGGAACCUAGGAAAUUCCUCUGGCUGCCCUGGAGGCCUCGAGACCCUGCCCAGGGGGCUCAGAGGCCUUUGCACAGAGCCCAAGACCCCUGUGCCUUUGAUUUAGCCCUUGGAAAAAACAAUUACCAACCUUUAUGUGAAGGAUUACAAGCCACAAAAGUUUAAGUAGAAUGAUAGUGAAUUUAUCACAGGGUGAAAAAGUAGAUUUUGGGGUUCUUAGAAUGGGGGUUCAGGGGGCAAGAUGGAGGGAUCUGGGUGUGUCCAACCUUUCUCCUUCUCCUUCUUGGCCUCCAUCUUCUUGGUGAUGUAGGCACUUUUAGAUUGGUUUAGAGUAGAAGCUCACUGUCUAACAGAGGUGAUAGGUAUUGGAAAUAAUUGUAAAUAUUGUACAUGUAGUUUUUAGUACAAAAGAUAACACUGCCCCAUGGGCAGGCAGAGUGCCUUGGGCUGUCCUGCUGAGCAGACCUCGGCUGGACAAGAGAAAGAAUUUUAUAGAUAAGAUGCAAUAAACAACCUUGAGACCGAGAACUGAAGAGCCCUGACUCCUCCAUCAAGUGCCAGGCUGGGAAAAAAGACUUUUUAACAUUUUUUGGGGUCACUCUGACCAGCUAGAGACACCGAGAAUCCAACACUGUCAGACUUGAUUGGAGGAAGUACCCCCCAAAUGACCAGUGCUGCAAUAAAGAAUGGCAGACAUCCCAUGCUACAUGUUAAA